GAAAUGAAUUCUAUGUUAAAAUUUCAAGCAAAGUGUAUGUCAAAUUCGAACUGCAAUUGAAAUUUGCUGUGCUGGUGUUUUUCCACAGAUUUUCUUAAUAGACAAAUUUAAAUGCAACGCAUAGAAAGCCCGCCCACCCGCUGUGCUGCAGCUUGGGGCGCUUAGAAAGCCCCAAGCCCAACGUUUUUAACUCAGUUCAGUUGCCAAGAUGUUGUCAUUGGCUGCAGUGGUCUGUGUCUUGGUCUUGGUCUUGGCUGCGCUGCAAUUGGCAGUGGCCAGUGAGAAUAGUUUGAUACCCUCGGCACAGCAGCUGGAGCUGAAGCUGGGCGCGUUGCAUGUGCAGCAGCAGCUGCUGCAGGAGCAGAUUGAGCAUGUCUACGCUAGUGCGUAUACGCCGGAUAAGCCGCUGUUGCUGCAGCAACUGCAGCAGCGCCAGCAAGAGCUGCAACUGCAGGUGCUGCGGCUAACAAACAAACAUAAGCGCGAGCAAGAGCCAGAGCCAGAGACGGACGCAGAGCCAGCUCCAGAGGAGUUGGCGCUGCAUUUACAAGCGGACUUUGAGUACUUGCAACAUAAGCUGGACGAGCUGAAGCAGCAGCUGCAGCGGCUCAGCAAAAACGCAACUGCGCCCGCGGCAGCGCAACGUAAUGUGGCAGAGACAGCCACGCCCACAACGCCGUCGCCGCCCACACAUUUUUGGUCGCCGCUGCUUAACCUGCCCGAAUCUCUUGCCCCAUCGCCCGUGCCAAGCUCUACGACGCCUUCGCUCAUUCGGCGCUUCAUGACUUUGCUGCGUCGACCCCAAGCCAAUGCCAAUUCCAUGCUGCGCAAUAAUUUCCCAGAUCCACAGAAACUACAAACGUUGAGUGCCGAGCAGCUGCUCGCCCAACUCCAGCGGCAGCGUCAAUAUCUGGACGAGAGCAUCAGGCGUCUGGAGCAGCUAACCCAGCAGCAGCAGCAGCAGCAACAAGUGGACGACAGCAAUCACUAUUGAUUGAUAUUGUAAUUAUUUUUUAUAAACA